UUAUGCUGCGUAUUUCAGGGACGUCCAAUGAAGAAAGCCCAAACAUAAGGAAACAGGCCCAACUGCAGUCCAAUAAAAGCAUGGUCUUUUGAAGGUCCCCGAGAAAAUCGCUGCAGAACUUCACAAACCCUGGUUUGCAGGAAGGUGCAUAUUAAAGGCGCAAAAUUUUAAGUUGUGCCGAAAAGAGUAAUUUUCUCCAACUGCUCUGUAGCACCAAGGCUUACUUUGAUUUUUGUUCUGUAGGCAUUAUCAUAUGAUUUCUGUGUGUACUAAUUGAAAACACUAUGAAGCUAAUUGCACUUGUGAGAUCCAUUGGUUCUCGGCCCAGUCUUCCUAGGGUUUUAGGUUCAUUGCAAAUUCGGUCUUUUCAACCUGAUUUUGUUCCUAGGGACCCUAAUGCAAAACCCAAAAGAUACAAGUACCCUGCAUUCUAUGAUCCUUAUGGCCCUAGACCUCCACCUUCUGAAAAGAUCAUUCAGCUUGCAGAGAAAAUUGCAGCCUUACCACUCGAAGAACGUUGUCAAAUUGGACCAGCUCUCAUUCUAAAAACACGACAUCCAAAGAUGCAGCAUAUUUCAGGUGAAGGAAUUGGCAUGGCUCCCCAAGGAGGGACUGCAGCUACUACAAAGGCCGAGGUAAAAGCUGAGAAAACCGCAUUUGAUGUGAAGCUGGAGAAAUUUGAUGCAGCUGCGAAAAUCAAGAUUAUCAAGGAGCUGAGGACAUUUACAGACCUUGGGUUGAAGGAAGCAAAGGAGCUGGUUGAAAAGGCGCCUGUUGUACUCAAACAAGGGAUCACCAAAGAGGAGGCAAAUGACAUAAUUGCGAAAUUGAAAGCUGCCGGAGCCACUGCUGUCAUGGAGUGACAUACUCUACUUGUUUCUUAGGACUUGCUCUGUUCUUUUUGUGGUUCUUUUUACCAUUAGGAAGAGAAAUGUGAUCAUUAGCACUGACAUUCUUAAAAUAAUGUGUUAAUUUAAGUUUGCAAUUAGUCCUGCUAAGUACUAAAUUACUCCACAUCACUGAUUUUCGAGCUGUUGCCUAUUCAGUUCUCAAAGUAAAUGGAAACAAUUGACAGUGCAAGAUCAUAUUUUGAGA